GUUCUAGAAUUAGCAUAUUGCCGUGAAGCCCUGAACACGACCAACACCAGUUCGCGUCGUUAUAAUUAGUACAAACUCCAGUGUCGUCUGGAUUCUGGGAAUAUAGCAAGAAUAUUGAUCGUUCUAGUACGCAUGUGCUACAUCGUAUGCUGAAAACUGCUGCAGUUACUUCCACUCCUAUUACCGUGCGGAAAACAACAUCAUCUUAAGCGAAACUACGUAGUGGUUUCCAUGUAAGGUUGAAUUGUUCCUUGUCAGCAUAAAAAACAACUUAAACAGAAAAUUAACAAGUAAGCUUCGAUUUUGAGAUGAGUUGUAAGAAUGGCUUUGAAGUGUCUGCUGGUUGUUAUGUGUGUUUGGGCUUGGUUAGGAUCGUUGACUUUUGCAACUUCUGAUGAUGGGUUGAUGAGGGUUGGUCUAAAAAGGAGGAAUUUAGACUUUCAGAGUCUUAAAGAUGCAAGAAUCAAAGAGUUCGUUCGUCCUACUGAUUUAGGGGGUGAUCAAAAAAAUUGUUGUGAUGAAGAUAUAAUAUAUCUUAAGAAUUAUGUUGAUGCACAAUAUUUUGGGGAGAUUAGUAUUGGUUCACCCCCUCAAUACUUCAAUGUUGUGUUUGACACUGGCAGCUCAAAUCUUUGGGUUCCAUCUUCAAAAUGCAUCUUCUCUAUCGCUUGCUAUUUUCAUUCCAAGUAUAGGUCGAAGAUAUCUAGCACCUAUACCGAAAUUGGGACGCCUUGCAGUAUCCCUUAUGGCCAAGGAUCUAUUUAUGGAUUCUUCAGCCAAGAUAAUGUACAAGUUGGAGAUGUCAUCAUCAAAGAUCAAGAAUUUGCGGAGAUUACAAGAGAGGGAUCAUUCACACUUUCUGCACUUCCAUUUGAUGGCAUACUUGGACUCGGGUUCCUGGAUGCUGCAAUUGGAAAAGUCACACCAGUUUGGUAUAAUAUGAUAGAACAAGAGCAAAUAUGCCACCAAAUUUUCUCUCUUUGGCUAAAUCAAGAUCCAACAGAAGAAAUGGGGGGUGAAAUUGUCUUUGGUGGUAUUGACUAUAGGCAUUUUAGAGGUGAACACACAUAUGUUCCCCUUUCUCAAAAGGGUUAUUGGCAGAUUGAUGUGGGAGAUGUUCUAGUUGCAAGUAACUCAACAGGGUUGUGUGAGGGUGGCUGUGCUGCAAUUAUAGACUCAGGGACAUCUCUAAUUGCUGGUCCAACUAGUGUUGUGACUCAAAUUAACCAUGCCAUUGGAGCAGAAGGGUAUGUUAGUUUUGAGUGUAAAAGCAUUCUCCAUAACUAUGGGGAUUCAAUAUGGGCAUCCUUGAUUGCUGGGUUAAAUCCAGAACUUGUAUGCAGUGACAUUGGACUCUGUUCAAACAACGGAUUUAACACAAUGGAUGAUGUUAUUGAAACAGUGGUGCAUAAUGAAAGUUGGAAUGGAUCACCAAUAAGGGAGAGCCCCUUUUGUUCCUUUUGCAAUAUGAUUGUCCUUUGGAUCCAAGUCCAGAUUAAGCAAAGCAAUGUGAAAGAAAAAGUAUUUAAAUAUGUGGAUGAGGCUUUUUCUUUGUGUCAAUUUCCUUCUCUAAAGCUGUGUGAGAAGCUUCCAAAUCCCCCGGGACAUUCAUUUAUAAACUGCAAUAGUAUUUCUUCCAUGCCACACAUCACAUUCACGAUUGGAAACAAAUCUUUUCCCCUCUCUCCAGAACAGUAUGUACUUCAAUUUGAAGAAGGCUGUUCUACUGUCUGCUAUGGUGGUUUUGUUGCUAUAGAUGUUCCUCCUCCACAGGGUCCCCUCUGGGUUCUUGGAAAUAUAUUCAUGGGGGCAUAUCAUACAGUAUUUGACUAUGGAAAUCUCCGUAUAGGAUUUGCAGAAGCUGCAUAGUUAUAGCUUGGUGAUAUUACUUUGCCAAAUUCGUUUUGAAUGAUAAAAAUGGAGGUCUGCAUGAUCCACAAAUAAUAAUUGCAGUUCUUGAGAAUUUGUCUCAAGGUCUCUAUUCAGUUGUAAAUGGUGAUUGGAAUAUUCUAUGAAUAAAAUUUGUGAUAUUUGUUCCCAA